ACCUUCUCCAUUUGCCAUGACCAGCCAGCAGCCCGUGGCCGUUCUCGUCUCUGGACAGGCGUCCACCUCGCACGCCCCCGAACUUGCCGACGUGCACCUGACCGUCUCCCAUCAAGGCCUGCCCGAUGCGCGCGAAGCGACGACGGAGCAGGUUCGCGCCACCCAGGCCAGUCUCUCGUCGCUUCUCACCAGCCUCUCGAAGAAAGCGAUUGGUGCAGCUGGUGGUGUUGCUGAGUCUGCGCCUGUCAGCCGCUGGAGCACAGGAGCGCUGUCGUCGUCGAAUGUGAGCGAGUGGGACAACGAAGCGCGCAAGACGCGCGUCAUCGGAUUCCGCGUCUCAAUUCGCCUCGAGGCCCGCUUCGUCCGCUCUGCCUUCUCGGGCGAUGCCACCGACAACAACAAGGGGUGGAGCAAGCUUGCCGAGUUCGUAAAGACGCUCGCCGCGACGCCCGACGUGGAGCUCGACAACAUCGAUUGGGUCCUGACAGAUGCCUCUGCCCUCCGUCUCACCCGCGAGGUGCAGGUGCAAGCCGUUGUUGACGCGCAGCAGAAGGCGCGCAACUAUGCCUCGGCGCUCGGGCUGCAGCAAUUGCAGGCCACCGAGAUUGUCGAUGGGAGCUAUCGAGGCGUCGCGGGAGGGUCCGGAGCGCCGGGAGGACCAGGCGCGCCGUACAUGGCCUCACGAGCGAUGCUGAGAAGCACCGGGCCGGGAGGCGAAGAGAGUCUUUUCACAUUUGAGCCAAAGGACGUCGAAGUGACGGCCAAUGUCAACGCACGCUUCGUCGCAAUGUAGAUGAAACAUCAAGCUUACUUGGCGACACCACCAAAAUCUUUGGUCUUAUUCGUGCCUCGGUGGACUGUGUUUUCUUCAGGAAUCUGACUAUUGUAACCUCAUACUUGACGAUGCUGGGUGAAGACAAUGCUUCUGCUCGCUGUCACGCCGUCCCAAUGAAAGACACUGAUCGAUG